UGGCCAGUCUGACCUGUGACCCAGAUGUCACCAUGUCAAUAAAAAGGUCAGCGAUGCUUUGUUCGCGCUUUUUCUCCUGGAAGAUUUCACUGCGGCGGACAGCCGUGGCUGUCUGCUCACCAGCAGACACCCACCUGAACUCUCUCCUAUCCUCUGCACUCAUAUUUUAGGAUGCCAUUUUUGCUGUUGGAAACUUAGCUAACUUCACAUGCUAACAGGAGCACAAAGCAAGUUAACCACAGGACAACCACAGACGGCGACUGGCUUCCUCCGAACUCUAAAACUGAAAAAACUCCUUCCUCCGAACUGAAAUAACUACAGUAACCUUCAGCUUCAAAUGACCUCCAAACCGUAGACUGGCUUCAAAUUAGGUGGGAAGAAUACAACCAACCUGAAGAGACACUUGAAGUCGUUAACUUGUUUCUCCAGUCAGUCUCCAGUGUUUCUCCAGUCAGUCUCCAGUGAUCUCCCUGCCUGUCUCCAGUGAUCUCCCUGCUUGCCUCCAGUGACCUCCCUGCCUCCAUUGAUCUCCCUUCUACAGACUAUCCCUCUCUCAAUACCCACCAUAUCUGGCUGUCAUUCAAUAAAGAACAUUCUGGGCCAUUUUGGUGUCCCCUGCAUGUCUGUACUGUAACAGAAGGUCGAACCUAACCGUAAGGAUGACAGCCAGAUUCCCAGAUGACCCCUUCCCAGACCUGGAGGAUGUUAUCCGGCGACAUCUCCUCACCCAUCCACCAUCAGUCAUUCCCACCAGCGCCUCCUCAGACACUCCUUCAACCCCUCUGGCUUUCAGAAUGAUUGAGCAACUACAGACCUUCUCCGGCUCAGCAGAUGACUGCAAGGGAUUUUUGUUGCGGUGUUCCCUGGUCAUCGGCCUAUACCCACACCAGUACCCCACCGAGCGAUCCAGGGUGGCCUUCUUGGUGUCGUGGCUCGACAGAGCGGCACUCCGCUGGUUCGAGAGGUGAGGCUGUCACACAAUCCUUUGGCCACUUCAUAUCGCUCCUCAGAAAGGAGUUUGGCCCGCCAAACGUCAAGUCGCCAGCCAGUCCUCAUCCCACACCUCUACCGACCACUCUCCCGUCUACCAACCCACUACCUGCCCUCACCGAAGCUCCACCUCCCAGCUGCUCGCCUGCUCUGCCUCCCAGCUGCUCGCCUGCUCAGUCGCCACCGCCUCCAGUCCCAGCGCCGGCUCCUCCAGUCUCUGCUGGAUUGCAGCAGCCUCCUCCAGUCCCUGCUGGAUCACAGCAGCCUCCCGCUCCCAGUGCUGAGGCCCAGAUGCCGGUUUCCAGUCCUGAUGUCCCGUCACCGGCCCCCAGUCCUGAGGUCCCAUCGCCGGCCCCCUGUCCGGUCGACAAGCCUCCAGAGGGUCCCCAGCCCCUCGCCAGGCCAGCCCCCGGGCCGUCCACCCGAGGUCCCCAGCCACUCGCCAGGCCAGCCCCCGGGCCAUCCGCCCAAGGUCCCCAGCCCCGCGCCAGGCUAGUCCCCGGGUCGCCCACCGGAGGUCCUCAACUCCACCCUGGUUCGGCUUCAUGGUCAUCAGUCCGAGACUCCCUCCUCCACACCGGUCCAAACUCCUGGUCAUCAGCCCGAGACUCCCCGAUCCACACCGAUCCAAGCUCCUGUUCGUCCAUCCGAGGCCUCCCAGCUCCACACCUGCCCAGGCUACGGCCGAUCCCCCGGAUCUGCCCGCUCCCCGUGGUGGAGGACGACCACGUCGGUGGGGUUUUUCGGCCCUCCAGUGAUCUCCCUGCAUGUCUCCAGUGAUCUCCCUGCUUGCCUCCAGUGAUCUCCCUGCUUGCCUCCAGUGACCUCCCUGCCUCCAUUGAUCUCCCUCCUACAGACUAUCCCUCUCUCCAUACCCACCAUAUCUGGCUGUCAUUCAAUAAAGAACAUUCUGGUCCAUCUCGGUGUCCCCU